CUAACAAAAUCUGAAAAGCCCAGCAUUGCUAACACACCAAGGCUUCAAGCUGAAGGUUAUUGAAUAGGUACAGUAAUGGCGAUGGAGCGUGGUAAGUAGAUUCACGACAAAGCCGACCAACAACGUCAAACACCAAAAUGGGGACCCAUUUCAACAGUAGUUAGUCAAAACAUAAACAUAGAUAGAUAGAUGCAAAUCUCUAAAGAAAAGAAAACAGAACAAAAAAGCAAAGAAAAGAUGCUCCCUCUCCCACUAAAGUUGGUACGACAAGCCAUUACACAUCACCCUCUCCUUCUCUCCCAAAAUACUCACCACCGUCGCCGCCGCAGUCGCCGUCGCGAUCACCACCACCGUGAUAUUGAUGAAGAAGAAGAUGAUGAUAGUGAAAAUGAUGCUUGCAAUUCCAAACCCAGCUCUUACAAUUUUUAUCAUCAUUCCUCAAAACCAACGAAACCCAAAUCCAAAACCCCAUUUCUUUUUUUUCUUCCUACUAGAGAACUCAUCGGUGAUACAUACAGGUUGGCCAACAUAGCUAGAGAAAUGGGUAUGGAUUUGUACCCUACUCCUUCCCUUUCUCACAUCAUUUUCUCUUUCUCUUCUUCCUCUCCUUCUCCUUCCUCUUCUUCCUCUAUUUCUUCUGCUUCUUCUUCAUCUGCUUCUUCUUCUGCUUUGUCUCUAUCUUCUUCUUUCUCCAUGCCUUUACCCACUGGCGCUGUUUUGAUUUCCUUCCCUUCACUCUCUUCCUCAUCCCUUUCCCAUCUUCGAUCCUUUGUUUCCCUUUCUAAAGGUCUUUUCAAGCUGGUCUUUAUCACUACCGACUCGGAUUAUGACCCCAAAUCCGAUGAUGCCCGCAACUGGGAUUGCUGCUCCUUCUCUCUGUUUUCAAGGCGGACAGGCGAUAGGAUCGAGUCCAUGCAGUCAUUUUCAAGGGCUUUAACUGGAAUGGGAUGGACCCUUUACAGUACAAGGAAAAACCCAUCUCUGGAUUCCCUUAAUACCGCUACCAAAUCGGUUCACUUGUUCAGAAAAGUGGAUUCUGGUCGUGUUCGUGGAGGAAGAGGCAAUGGGGAACACAGGAUAAGAGAGCUGAGAUUGCCUUCGUUGGAUUUCAGGAAUGCUCCUUUGAAGAUUUUGCAGUAUAUUGUUUUGAUGACUGAUGAUGUUUUUUAUCUUGGGUAAAAAAGAAAAAUCAAAAUGGGUAUGCCUUUAUAUUUCUUCUUUUUCUGUUUAUCUCUUUCAUUUUUUUUUUCUUUUGCUAGUUUAUGUAAAUGUUAAUUUUACUCAUCCAGACACUGUUAACUCACUCCAAUGUUAAAACAGUUUGUAGAAUUUUCCCAUGA